AUGAACCAUCUCAAAGCUUUGAUUAGGUGUUGUCCAAUUCCAAUCUCAUUAGUCUUCUCAUCAUGGCAAAUACCCAGCCUGCGUCUGAUAAUAGUUCCGACUAUUGACAAGUUUGGACAAGAAUGGAAGGGCAAUACGGAAGCAUAUCAAAUUGGUAAAUCACCAAGAUCUCUCAUUCUGACGUUAAUCUGGCUCGAUUACCACGACAACUCGCCCACACCAUCCGCAGGUCCUGAGCAUCAACAAGAAUCCCAGAAAGAGACUGAAUCGACAAGAAGUGACAUUGAGCUUGUCCAAAAUAAACCCGAGACGACUAGCGAAAAUCCACCGAAAUCCAACCUCCCCCCUAGUGAUGAUGAACAGCCUCCCGACAGAUACCACAAAAUAUUACAAGAUGCGCUUUGUAUUCGCUUUCAUACAAUGCAAGUGCCGUAUCUCAAUACCCCGAACGUGAGAAUGGCACUAGUUCAUCAUGUCGACAUUCCACAGGCGGUUACUGGAUUUGGCAAGCCAGAGGAGAAAAUUUUCGCGUUUGUCUUAGGGCUGAAAGGAAUUGACAUUGGGAUGGAAAAGCUUCUUGAUGCCCUAAAGCUUUACUGGGAAGCUACCGACGAACAGCGUGCUGCCAAAGAAGUCGCUGCCGAAAAAGUUGGUCUGACCCCAAAGCUGUUCAUUGCAGCUAUCCUGAAGCUAUAUGGUUUCCGAGCAGCCAAGAAGUCAAUACUUGUGAGUGCUUACGACCGCCUACUGUCAAUCGACACCAACCUUGUCGCGGCAGAAAAGCUGCUCUUCCUUGACGUUACAUCGAAAAAGCCGUUGACUGAAAGGGAACAACGAGGAAAGCUUGCAAUCCAGGUCAAAACCUGCACAAAGCUGAAUCAAACGCUAAUGGAUAUCAAUAUGAGCCUUCCGGGUGUCCGGUCACGUGUCCACUACAUUGGUCUUUGUGCCCGAGGGCUUGUCCGAGACCAGUCCACGAUGCAGGCAUAUAUUAAAGACAAGCUAAUAGCUACAAAAUGUGACAGUUCCACUCAGGCAAAGGUCACUCGAGACAUUCAGCCAGCGAGAAUAGGUGGACAUGACAUUGAAAAGAUGGUUACAGAGGAGACAAGACCAUCUGUGCCAUUACAAGGAGAACAGACCUCAAGAUACAAGACGAUUGGAGAUCGAGGAAUGUCAUUGGAUGAAGCACUAAGUGAGCUCGGGACCACAAAGUUUCACAGGCGUGACAACGACAAGCUGGACAUGAUUGAGAGAGCUAUGGAACAGUUUGAGGUUGAUAUUAAAAGCCUCAAAGCACGCACAACCAUUGCGAUUGGCUUGGUAUCCAAUCUUUACGCUCAUUCACAAGGGAACUUCCAAAGUCUGAUGUUGCAAGCUGCCGAGCGAGAUAGCUCAAAUAUGAGAACUAUCGCAACCUUGACUGUCCUACUUCUCCCAGCGACAUUUCUUACGGUUUUGUUCGCUACACCUAUUAUCCAAUGGGCUGUGCCUGUUGUCAAGAUUGCUUCGGGCUCUGGCUCAGACAGUUCGGAUAGCCCCAUUAAUCACAUUGAUCGAGGCUUUCCCAUAUUAGCUCUCUUCCCGUUCAGUUUAUAUAUGGGGUUGAGCCUAUCCACCAACUUGCCCCUUCUCCUUUACCUCCGCUGGGAAUGGUUUCUGAAAAAGUGGGAACGAGCCGUUAGGACCAAGUGCAAGCAUGUUCAGGAUGACUCGACAUACAGAGCGGAGCGCGAAAGGGAGAGCGAUAUCAUGAAAGUCAUGCAUCAUACGAAAACCCAGCUUGAAGAAGACGGGAUGUGGGGAAUGUGCGGCGGUGAAGGAGGGGGUAGACAAAGUAGUGUAGCCAUGAGUAGCAUCGGUAGGAGCAGUUCCAGUUCCAAUCAUUGA